GGGGCCGCCACGGUCAUAUUGGCUACUUGUGACUUUUAGGAAGGAGUAAAAAAUAACCCAACUUUCUUCGUCACUGAGUCCAGGAAAAUGCUGCCCUGGAGUAUCGUCCAUUGAUCCCAGCUACGCCGAUCGUAUCAGCGUGAUCGCGGCACCGCGCCGGGCCAUCUCAUCGCUCGCAACGAAGGCUGUGUCUCUCUCUCUCCGUGGAAAAUGAGUUUCUUCGGUUUCGGCCAAUCGGCCGAUAUAGAGAUCACGUUGGACGGUGCUGAGACGCGAAAGACCGCCGACAUCAAAUCCGAGGAUGGCAAGAAAGAGCGGCACCUGCUGUACUACGACGGCGAGACCGUGUCCGGCAAGAUCAACAUCAGUUUACGGAAAGCUGGUAAAUUGGAGCAUCAUGGUGUUAAAGUAGAGUUUAUUGGACAAAUCGAGCUAUAUUAUGACAGAGGUACCCACCAUGAGUUUACAAGCUUAGUGAAAGAAUUGGCAAGGCCAGGAGAAUUAACACACAAUACAGUGUACACAUUUGAAUUUCCAAAUGUGGAGAAACCAUUUGAGAGUUAUACUGGCUCCAACGUGCGACUAAGAUAUUUCUUGAAAGUGACAAUUGUACGAAGACUUAGUGACAUUGUUAAAGAACUCGAAUUAGUUGUGCACACUCUUAGUUCCUAUCCAGAUAUGAAUAAUCCCAUUAAGAUGGAAGUUGGAAUUGAAGACUGUUUGCAUAUCGAAUUUGAAUAUAAUAAAAGCAAAUAUCAUUUGAAAGAUGUAAUUGUUGGCAAAAUAUACUUUCUUUUGGUUAGAAUAAAGAUAAAACAUAUGGAGAUAGCAAUCAUCAAACGAGAAACUACAGGAUCUGGUCCUCAUACGUUUACCGAAAACGAAACUAUAGCAAAGUACGAAAUUAUGGAUGGUGCACCUGUUCGAGGAGAGUCCAUUCCUAUAAGGGUAUUUUUGGCUGGGUACGAUCUAGCGCCUACAAUGCGCGAUAUUAAUAAAAAAUUUAGCGUUAGAUAUUAUCUGAAUUUGGUUCUCAUGGACGAAGAAGAUCGACGAUAUUUCAAGCAGCAAGAAAUUACGUUGUGGAGGAAGGGUGAAAAAAGCAGAAAAUCACAAACGGCCUCGCCACACAUGCCGUCGCAUUUAGUGUCGGCCGAGACGGGAUUCCCGCAAGGCGCUCCUCAGAACGGUCCACCGUCAGUACCGCCUGGUUCCGAUCAACUGCCAACGAGUAACAUCACGAAUGUAGAGGAUACUCCAGCGCCAAUCGAAGGCAUGACACGAGAAGAAGGAGACGGCGAGGGAGAGAAAGAAGGUGGUCCAGAAAGUGAUUGAGCCCUUGCAUGUAGUUCUGUCCCUGGUGUCAAUUAUGGCCCAGAUUAAAUGAGAAUGUUAAGUAUGGCUAAAAUGUAUAGCGCAAAGGGAUUAGCUUAAAAAAAAAUAUCUCCCUUAUCGAGCAUGUUGGGAGAUUUGUUUUUAUUGAAGAAAACAGCGGGAUACAUAAAAGACCUGCUAGUAAAGUUGUAAAUAUUUUGGAUACCAUAAAUAUAUAUAUACAUACAUAUUGUAUAUAUAUUUAUAUGUAUGUAUGUAUGUAUGUAUAUAUAUAAUUGAGAGCGAAUGAUUUAUAAUUAGUAUAUUACUGAUCAAAAUUAUAAUACUAUCGAAAAAUGAAUUAAGAAAAUAGAAAAAGAUUUUGCCAUUUUGGAGAGAAAUAAUUUCUAGAUUAUAUUUUAAUGAAUUGCGUGUUGCAAAUCACAAGUAUAAUAUGAACAAGCAGUACGAAUAUUUCUGAAUGGACGGCUUACUAAUCAAAUAUUAAACAACCAACGGUACAUUUUGCAAAACAUCUGAAUGUUACAGUGUUCUAAAUGUUUUAUACAGACAAUUCCGACCCGCCUACUGUAUAAUUCUGAAAAAUCCGAAGUCUCUCUUCAUGGCAGCGUCAUAUGUUAUGCAAAGAGAGUUUAUAAAUGCUGAAUGGAUAUAAUAUACUCACAAAGGCUGCCCCAUAUUAAUCCGUUCACCUAGUCUACGAGUAAUAAAUAAAUAAAUGAAGAAAUAAGAGAAAAAACUACUUAUGUGUAUGAUGCACGUUUUUUGAAAAUAAUUUAUAUAUAAGUACACAUAUAUACACAUGUGACAUCUGUCAAGCGAGCAAAAUCGCACUUAUUUUUAGAACGAGUUUGUAUUUAAGAAAACAAAAAAAAGGAAGAUGUCGAUUGUUGCAUGAUACGAGCCAUAGAUUCUCCCUUGAGUUUAGCGCAACUAUAGGAAUCAUUUCAUAAAGUAGACUUUUAUAUGCAGAAGUGUGUACAUUUUGCGUAAUAUAUUAAUCUUCCAAAUAGACAAAUUAUGAUAUCUGCUCAAAUCAAUAUGCCUUUCUGAACACGGGAAUGGACUAUGAUAGAUUAAACAAUGGGGUAGCCACCUCAUGUAUUUAUAAAUAUAUAUACAUAGUAUACAUACAUAUUGUGCAGUAUCAUGUGUGUGUGUGUGUAUAUAUAUAUGUAUAUAUAUACACAUAUUCGACUUCUCAUUCUGGCAAUAAUAAUUGAUUGGAUUGACACAUUAUCUCACAAAAAUAAAAAUAACACAAUAAAUUUUUAUAAUUAAUUGUAUAUCUUUUGAGAAAAAUCGAUUUCGAAUGUUUAGAGUAAUGUGCGUUUGUUACAUUAUAUGAAUUAUUUUUCGUGUGGACAGUACAAAACACCAA